CUCCCUAAUCCCGACAGACUCUUGUCGUCUGAGAAAUGUGUAGGAUGCACUAGUUAUUGAAUACAAAAAAAACACCAUACCAACCUUGUUACUUUCGUUUGAUGAUAAAAUCCUGGAAGUUGCUGACUAAAUUUAUUAUUAUUGUUAUUAUUAUUUUCUUUUUAGUUAAUUGAUGAUAAAAAAAAAUUAUCCGAACGAUGUGAACGUCUUGUUGAUGAAUUAAAAACUAUAGAUAAAAAAUCAAGUGAUCGUUUAAAAAAUAUGGAUGAAUCUCAUCGAAUAGAAUUACAAAAAUUAAAAGAUGUUCAUGAAGCUGCUGAAAAAUUACGACGUGAACGUUGGAUUGAUGAAAAAACAAAAAAAAUAAAAGAAUUAACUGUACGUGGUUUAGAACCUGAAAUACAAAAAUUAAUUAGUAAACAUAAAACAGAAUUAACUAAAAUGAAAACAAUUCAUGAAGCUGAAUUAUUAGCAGCUGAUGAACGUGCUGCACAACGUUAUGUUCGUAUGACAGAAGAUUUACGUGAUCAAUUAGAACGUGAAAAAGAAUCAGCUAUUGCACGUGAACGAGAUUUAGCACGUGAAAAAUAUGAAAAAUCUAUACGUGAUGAAGAAAAAUCAUUUACAGAACAACGUCGUCGACUUUAUACUGAAAUUGAAGAUGAAAAAAAUCGACAAGCUGAAUUAGUAACAAAACAACGUGCUGAUCUUGAUAAACUUCGACGUGAUAUUGAAGAAAAUCAUCGUACAGCUGUUGAUGCUGCUAAACGUGAAUAUGAAGCAAUACGUUUAGAACAAGAACGACGACAUACAAAUGAAAUAAAUGAAUUAAAAGAAAAAUUAUUAUUAGAAAAACAAAGUUGGGAAGAAAAUUAUAUGAAAAAACAAGAAACAUUUUUAACUAGUAAAGAACGUGAAUUACGUGAACAAAUGAGACGUGAACGUGAUAAAGAAAUAGAAAAAAUUAUUUCACAAUUUGAAUCAGAUACAACAAUGACAAAAGAAGAAGCUGAACGUACAGCAGAAAAUCGUGUCAAACGUAUUCGAGAUAAAUAUGAAGCUGAAUUUCGUGAACUUGAACAUUCAGAAAAACAAAUUAAAGAAAGAUAUAAUCAAAUGAAAUCACAAAUAACAGAAGUUGAAGGUGAAAAUGAACGAUUACAAGUUAUAGUUAAACAAAAAGAAACAGAAAUUAAUGAUAUCAAAAAAAUCACCGAUACAUUACAAAAGGAACGCGAACGUUUAUCAGAUAUAAUUCGACAAGAAUUUGCUGAUCGACUUGUAUUAACUGAAGAAGAAAAUCGUCGUAUUAAAGGUGAUAUGGCAGAAUUACGUUCAAGACAACAAUUAGAAUUAGAUAGGAAAAAAGAAGAAAUUGAAUUAUUACAACGAGAAAAAGAAAAUGAAUUAGAAACUGUACAUGAAAAAAUUAAACAGGCAAUUAGUAAAAAAGAUGAACAAGUACAAGCAUUACGUGGUCAAUUCGAAGCUGCAGUUAAACGUGCUGAUCAUCUUGAAGGUUUAUUAGCACAACAAAGAAAAUUAAUUGCUGCAGCACCUUCCAAUAGCAAUAAUGCACCAAAAAAA